AUGGAUAAUCCCAAUCUGAACACGGCAUUGCUCAUGUCAUCAUCACCUGCCAAAUCAACAAAUCAUUCGCAUCAAUCCCAACAGCAACUUUCACUACUACCGUCUGCAACACCGUCUCACCUAAAGUCGCUUUCGAAUGGUGUUGUCAUCAUGGAUUCGACAGAUUAUCCAACAUACGUAAGCGAUCGGCGAAAAAGUUUCCGAUGUCGAGGAUCACUAUGGCCUACAGUAGCAUCUGCUCCAUCGGUCGAGUUAGAAGAUUACCGAACACCGAGGCCGUCUGUGGAUGACAUCAAGAAUGGUAAAUCGUUCGACCUUGGUGGUGACGGCUCGAAUUAUUUGAGCGCAAGCGAAAAUAAUCCACUUGUAAGGAAGUUAUCAAGAGCUUAUGGUAGUAAUGGAUUUUGGACACUGACCUCAAAACUUGGUGUUUGUUUGAAGUCAGCUCAACUGCUUGUGACAAAUAAACUCGUGCAGCGUACCCUGGAGAAUCAUAUUGUUACGCAAAUGAACGCUAAUGCAACCGACUAG